AUGUGCUUGACGGACGCCAACACGUGCUUGACGGACGCCAACACGUGCUUGACGGACGCCAACACGUGCUUGACGGACGCCAACACGUGCUUGACGGACGCCAACACGUGCUUGACGGACGCCAACACGUGCUUGACGGACGCCAACACGUGCUUGACGGACGCCAACACGUGCUUGACGGACGCCAACACGUGCUUGACGGACGCCAACACGUGCUUGACGGACGCCAACACGUGCUUGACGGACGCCAACACGUGCUUGACGGACGCCAACACGUGCUUGACGGACGCCAACACGUGCUUGACGGACGCCAACACGUGCUUGACGGACGCCAACACGUGCUUGACGGACGCCAACACGUGCUUGACGGACGCCAACACGUACUUGAAGGACGCCAACACGUGCUUGACGGACGCCAUCACGUGCUUGACGGACGCCAUGUGCUUGACGGACGCCAACACGUGCUUGACGGACGCCAACACGUGCUUGACGGACGCCAACACGUGCUUGACGGACGCCAACACGUGCUUGAAGGACGCCAACACGUGCUUGAAGGACGCCAACACGUGCUUGACGGACGCCAACACGUGCUUGACGGACGCCAACACGUGCUUGACGGACGCCAACACGUGCUUGACGGACGCCAACACGUGCUUGACAGCAACAUGGGUCGUGUUAAAAUUUCUGUACAUCAUUAUCAAUUCAUUUGAUUCAAACUUUUACAAAAAGUCAAAUUUUGUUAACUUCUUGACAUAUUGCAAGUAG